GAGAUCCAAACUACGCUUGGUGACAACCCGUUUCCUUCCCCCUUCGAAGAACGAAUACCUCUCCGUCCGCUGCCUGCUCAUUCCCUCGCCUCGAUCGCCCUAUCCUUCUCCAUAACCCUAGCCAUAACCCCCCCUCCGAUCGAAGCUCGAGAUCCUUCACCGCGAUCGGACGCUAUUUGCAAGCCAUGGGUUCCGAUGCUGAUAUGGAGGACUAUGGGUUUGAAUACUCUGAUGAGGAACCGGAGGAGCAGGACGUCGACAUUGAGAACCAAUACUACAACUCGAAAGGGUUAGUGGAAACUGAUCCUGAGGAAGCACUUGCUGGUUUUGCUGAAGUAGUGCGCAUGGAACCUGAAAAAGCCGAGUGGGGAUUCAAAGCUUUAAAACAAACAGUUAAGCUUUAUUAUAGGUUAGGCAAGUAUAAAGAGAUGAUGGAAGCUUACAGGGAGAUGUUGACAUAUAUCAAAUCAGCAGUUACACGUAACUAUAGUGAAAAAUGUAUAAAUAACAUAAUGGACUUUGUUUCGGGUUCCGCAAGUCAGAACUUUGGUCUUCUACAGGAGUUCUAUGAGACGACGCUGAAGGCACUUGAGGAAGCAAAGAAUGAGAGACUUUGGUUUAAAACAAAUCUUAAGCUUUGCACGAUUUGGUUCGACAUUGGUGAAUAUGGACGAAUGAGUAAGAUAUUGAAAGAACUCCACAAAUCUUGCCAGCGAGAAGAUGGUACUGAUGAUCAAAAGAAAGGCACACAACUUCUGGAGGUCUAUGCUAUUGAGAUUCAAAUGUACACACAGACUAAGAAUAACAAAAAACUAAAGCAACUAUAUCAGAAGGCACUUUCCAUAAAGUCAGCAAUACCUCAUCCAAGAAUCAUGGGUAUAAUUCAUGAAUGUGGAGGGAAAAUGCACAUGGCUGAGAGACAAUGGGCAGAAGCUGCCACUGAUUUUUUUGAAGCCUUCAAGAACUAUGAUGAAGCUGGAAACCAGCGUCGUAUCCAAUGUCUCAAGUAUUUGGUUCUUGCCAACAUGCUGAUGGAAUCUGAAGUAAAUCCAUUUGAUGGUCAAGAGGCAAAGCCAUACAAGAAUGAUCCCGAAAUUUUGGCAAUGACAAAUCUGAUCGCAGCAUAUCAACGAAAUGAGAUAUUAGAAUUUGAGAAGAUCUUAAAGAGUAACAGAAGAACAAUUAUGGAUGAUCCUUUCAUCCGAAAUUAUAUUGAAGAUCUUUUGAAAAAUAUCAGAACUCAAGUUCUCCUGAAGCUUAUAAAACCUUAUACACGAAUCAGGAUUCCAUUCAUCUCAAAGGAACUUAAUGUGCCUGAGAAAGAUGUGGAGCAGCUCCUAGUUUCGUUGAUUUUGGACAAUCGUAUUCAAGGUCACAUCGAUCAAGUCAACAAGCUAUUAGAGAGAAGCGACAGGUCCAAGGGAAUGAAGAAAUAUGCUGCCAUAGACAAGUGGAACACUCAGCUUAGAUCAUUGUACCAAACAAUCUCAAAUAGAGUAGGCUGACCCUGAAAUCCGCUUUGUUCUACAUGUCUUUGUGUUGUACUCAGCUUUGUUCUACUGUGUCGAAGAUUACAUACAUGUCGAAGCAUUUCGUCAGAAGAGGCCACAAACUAUGGGCGUGUGUUGUUUUCUUUUGUAGUGAACAGUUGACCGAGUGCCAAGAAGAAGCUGUUUUUUCGGGUCAUAGUGGGCAGAAUCUACAAAUGGUACGUAUUCCAUGAGUAAUGGUGAUUUAGAAAGAGGUCAUUUACAUUACAUUGGGACCUA